CGUGAGCGCGCUUGCUCCCAAUCACGGGAGGAGGAGGAGGAGGUGGAGGAGGAGGGCUGCCUUGAGGAAGUACAGGAAUGAAGUUGUGGAGCUGAGAUUCCCCUCCAUCGUGCCCGCAGAGUCGAGAGGAGCCCCCGAGGCCGCCGGCCGCCCCGGCGCUGGGUGCCCUUUCCGGCGCGAGCGCCCGGCCGCCUCCCCUCGCCCGCCCGGCGCCCUCCCCGCCUGGUCCAGCCGGAGCCAUGGGGCCGGAGCCGCAGUGAGCACCAUGGAGCUGGCGGCCUGGUGCCGCUGGGGGCUCCUCCUCGCCUUCCUGCCCCCCGGAGCCGCGGGCACCCAAGUGUGCACCGGCACAGACAUGAAGCUGCGUUUGCCGGCCAGUCCCGAGACCCACUUGGACAUGCUCCGCCACCUCUAUCAGGGCUGUCAGGUGGUGCAGGGUAACCUGGAGCUCACCUACCUGCCCGCUAGUGCCAGCCUCUCCUUCCUGCAGGAGAUCCAGGAAGUGCAGGGCUACGUGCUCAUUGCUCACAACCGAGUGAGUCAGGUCCCACUGCAGAGGCUGCGAAUCGUGAGAGGCACCCAGCUCUUUGAGGACAGCUAUGCCCUGGCCGUGCUGGACAAUGGAGACCUUCUGGACAUUGCCGCCCCUGCUGCAGACACUGCCCCAGGAGGGCUGCAGGAGCUGCAGCUGCGAAGCCUCACAGAGAUCCUGAAGGGCGGCGUCUUGAUCCAGCGGAACCCCCAGCUCUGCCACCAGGACACAAUUUUGUGGAAGGACAUCUUCCACAAGAACAACCAGCUGGCCCUAAUGCUGAUAGACAGCAACCGCUCACGGGCCUGCCCACCCUGUUCUCCAGCAUGUAGAGCUCCCCACUGCUGGGGAGAAAGUUCCGACGACUGUCAGAGCUUGACUCGAACCGUCUGUGCCAGUGGCUGUGCCCGCUGUAAGGGCCCUCAGCCCACCGACUGCUGUCAUGAGCAGUGUGCUGCCGGCUGCACAGGCCCCAAACACUCUGACUGCCUGGCCUGCCUCCACUUCAACCACAGCGGCAUCUGUGAGCUGCACUGCCCAGCCCUGGUCACCUAUAACACGGACACCUUCGAGUCCAUGCCCAACCCUGAGGGCCGUUAUACCUUCGGCGCCAGCUGCGUGACUGCCUGUCCUUACAACUAUCUGUCUACUGACGUGGGAUCCUGCACCCUGGUUUGUCCCCUGAAUAACCAAGAGGUGACAGCUGAGGACGGAACCCAGCGGUGUGAGAAAUGCAGCAAGCCCUGUGCCCGAGUGUGCUAUGGUCUGGGCAUGGAACACCUGCGGGAGGUGAGGGCAGUCACCAGUGCCAACAUCCAGGAGUUUGCCGGCUGCAAGAAGAUCUUUGGGAGCCUGGCGUUUCUGCCGGAGAGCUUUGAGGGGGACCCAGCCUCCAACACUGCCCCCCUACAGCCUGAGCAGCUCAAAGUGUUUGAGUCUCUGGAGGAGAUCACAGGUUACCUGUACAUCUCAGCAUGGCCAGACAGCCUGCCUGACCUCAGCGUCUUCCAGAACCUGCGAGUAAUCCGAGGACGAGUUCUGCAUGAUGGUGCCUACUCGCUGACCCUACAAGGGCUGGGCAUCAGCUGGCUGGGGCUGCGCUCGCUGCGGGAACUGGGCAGUGGGCUGGCCCUUGUCCACCGCAAUGCCCGCCUCUGCUUCGUGCACACGGUGCCCUGGGACCAGCUCUUCCGGAACCCCCAUCAGGCCCUGCUCCACAGUGCCAACCGGCCAGAGGAUGAGUGCGUGGGCGAGGGCCUGGCCUGCUACCCGCUGUGCGCCCACGGGCACUGCUGGGGUCCGGGGCCCACCCAGUGCGUCAACUGCAGCCAGUUCCUUCGGGGCCAGGAGUGCGUGGAGGAGUGCCGAGUACUGCAGGGGCUCCCCCGGGAGUACGUGAAGGACAGGUACUGUCUGCCAUGCCACCCCGAGUGUCAGCCCCAGAAUGGCUCAGUGACCUGCUUUGGCUCGGAGGCUGACCAGUGUGUGGCUUGCGCCCACUACAAGGAUUCGCCCUUCUGCGUGGCUCGCUGCCCCAGUGGUGUGAAGCCUGACCUCUCCUUCAUGCCCAUCUGGAAGUUCCCAGAUGAGGAGGGCAUAUGCCAGCUGUGCCCCAUCAACUGCACCCACUCCUGUGUGGACCUGGAUGACAAGGGCUGCCCUGCCGAGCAGAGAGCCAGCCCUGUGACGUCCAUCAUUGCCGCUGUGGUGGGCAUUCUGCUGGUCUUCGUCGUGGGGCUGGUCUUCGGCAUCCUCAUCAAGCGAAGGCGGCAGAAGAUCCGGAAGUACACAAUGCGGAGGCUGCUGCAGGAGACGGAGCUGGUGGAGCCCCUGACGCCUAGCGGAGCGAUGCCCAAUCAGGCUCAGAUGCGGAUCUUGAAAGAGACGGAACUGAGGAAGGUGAAGGUGCUUGGAUCCGGAGCUUUUGGCACCGUCUACAAGGGCAUCUGGAUCCCCGAUGGGGAAAAUGUGAAAAUCCCAGUGGCCAUCAAAGUGUUGAGGGAAAACACAUCCCCCAAAGCCAACAAAGAAAUCUUGGACGAAGCAUAUGUGAUGGCUGGUGUAGGCUCCCCUUAUGUGUCCCGCCUCCUGGGCAUCUGUCUGACAUCCACGGUGCAGCUGGUGACACAGCUUAUGCCCUAUGGCUGCCUCUUAGACCACGUCCGAGAACACCGUGGGCGCCUGGGCUCCCAGGACCUGCUGAACUGGUGUGUGCAGAUUGCCAAGGGGAUGAGCUACUUGGAGGACGUGCGGCUCGUGCAUAGGGACCUGGCUGCCCGGAAUGUGCUGGUCAAGAGUCCCAACCAUGUCAAGAUUACAGACUUUGGGCUGGCCCGGCUGCUGGACAUUGACGAGACGGAGUACCACGCGGAUGGAGGCAAGGUGCCCAUCAAGUGGAUGGCGUUGGAGUCCAUUCUCCGCCGGCGGUUCACCCACCAGAGUGAUGUGUGGAGCUAUGGUGUGACUGUGUGGGAGCUGAUGACUUUUGGGGCCAAACCUUACGAUGGGAUCCCAGCCCGGGAGAUCCCUGACCUGCUGGAGAAGGGGGAACGGCUGCCCCAGCCCCCCAUCUGCACCAUUGAUGUCUACAUGAUCAUGGUCAAAUGUUGGAUGAUUGACUCUGAAUGUCGGCCGAGGUUCCGGGAGUUGGUGGCUGAAUUCUCCCGCAUGGCCAGGGACCCCCAGCGCUUUGUGGUCAUCCAGAAUGAAGACUUGGGCCCUGCCAGCCCCUUGGACAGCACCUUCUACCGCUCGCUGCUGGAGGAUGAUGACAUGGGAGACCUGGUGGAUGCUGAGGAGUACCUGGUACCCCAGCAGGGCUUCUUCUGCCCAGACCCUGCCCCGGGUGCUGGGGGCACGGCCCACCGCAGGCACCGCAGCACAUCCACCAGGAGUGGCGGCGGUGAGCUGACACUGGGGCUGGAGCCCUCCGAGGAGGAGCCCCCCAGGUCCCCAUUGGCGCCUUCCGAAGGGGCCGGCUCUGACGUGUUUGAUGGUGACCUGGGAAUGGGGGCAGCCAAGGGGCUGCAGAACCUCCCCCAGCAUGACUCCAGCCCUCUACAGCGGUACAGCGAGGACCCCACAGUACCCCUUCCUCCUGAGACCGAUGGCUACGUUGCCCCCCUGACCUGCAGCCCCCAGCCCGAAUACGUGAACCAGCCAGAGGUUCGGCCACAGCGCCCGUCACCCCUAGAGGGUCCUGUGCCGCCUCCUCGGCCUGCCGGUCCCACUCUGGAAAGGCCCAAGGCUCUCUCCCCUGGGAAGAACGGGCUUGUCAGAGACGUCUUUGCCUUGGGGGCUGCCGUGGAGAACCCCGAGCACUCGGCACCCCGGGGCAGGGCUGCCCCUCAGGCCCACCCUUCCUCAGCCUUCAGCCCAGCCUUUGACAACCUCUAUUACUGGAACCAGGACCCAGCAGAUCGGGGCUCUCCACCCAGCACGUUUGAAGGGACCCCUACGGCAGAGAACCCCGAGUACCUGGGUCUAGACAUGCCCGUAUGAGCCCAAAGGCCAGGGCCGCUGAGGCCCUGCUGAACCCUCAGGGAGGGUGGAAGGCCGGACUUCUGGCCCACGUCGGGACGAGGCAGGAGAGGGCCCUUGGAUCACGUCCAGGGGAGCCUGCCAUGCCAGGAAUCUUCCUUCCUACUCCACCUCCUAGGUGGCUGAGGGUGGCCCACGGUGGCUGGAAGAGGGGGCCACACCAGGGAGUCUUGACUGAUUUUGGAGCCCUGCCCUCGCCCACUCUAGGGUCCACUGGAUGCUACAGUCACAGUCUCCUUCCCUGAGGGAGCAACCCAGCCUGACUUCUUCCAGAUCCUUGGCACUGAAGAACUUAGGGAAGCUGGGCCUAGAAAGGGAAGAGGCCCCAAGGGGGUGCCUAGGAACUAGAGCAACCCAUUCCGAGACUGUCCCCGGGACCUCGCUCUGCCCCUGGGAAGAAGGGAAUGGCAGCAGUGCCCAGAUCCAGUCCUUGUACAGAGUGCUUUUUUGGUUUUGUUUUUACUUAUGUUUUUUGGUUGUUUUGGUUUUUUUUUAAAGAUGAAAUAAGGACUCGGUGAGAGUGGGUAUUGUGGAAGUGGGGGGGAGUCCCUGGGGUUGGGAGAGGGAUGUCGCUUCUCCACACCCGCUUUCUCCAUUUGCAAAUAUAUUUUGGAAAACAGCUGGACACCAGCCUAUCUAGGGGUAGCUCUGAGCCAUCCCUUUACGGCUCACCUCCUAACUCACACUCAGCUCAUCUUUCCUGGAGGGACUGGCUAGGAAUCCUCGGAAAGCUUGAAUGAGAAGCAUACUUCCAGUCUCCCGGCUCUUGGAUUGGGGGAAAACUGGGAGUUGGGAUUCUGAUCUGAGAGCCCUUUGAUGACCUGAUCAUUCUUGCUUAGAAAAAAAGAAGUCCUAAGGCCACCCACCAGAAUGGGGUAAUUUCCUCCCUGUAGGUAGGGGGAGUCAGGGAAGGAUGGAGGAAAGAAGAUGCAGUGUCUACUGUGUGACUCAGUGUCUACUGUGUGACUCCGAAUCAUUGAAUUAGAAGUAGCUAUCCAGAAAAACCCCACCCAGACAGCACAGUCAAGUUGGUGGUAUAAAGGCUAGGCUGGCCUCUGUCCC